UUUUUUCCAUUACGCUAUUAUUCUUUCUUUCUCUUAUUUUUCAAACCUUCAAGCAUAAACUCUCAAUCUUCGUCGAUCCCCUCAUACUGUUCGUGUUCCAGGUUUUGACAUCCUUAUCGUACUUUGUCUUCCGUUUAGGUCUAAAAGCUCCACAUAAUACGAUAUUUUCAAAAUGUCAUCUCCAAGUAAGAGAAGGGAUAUGGAUGUUAUGAAACUGAUGAUGAGCGAUUACACUGUGGAGCCAAUAAAUGAUGAAAUCAACAAGUUCUUUGUUGAAUUCCAUGGUCCAAAAGAAAGCCUUUAUGAAGGUGGAGUCUGGAAAGUCCGUGUGGAGCUUCCAGAUGCUUAUCCUUACAAGUCUCCUUCCAUUGGAUUUGUAAACAAAAUAUUCCACCCAAAUGUUGAUGAACUGUCUGGUUCUGUCUGCUUGGAUGUCAUCAACCAGUCGUGGAGUCCAAUGUUUGAUCUUUUAAAUGUCUUCGAGGUUUUCCUGCCACAACUCUUGCUUUACCCAAAUCCAUCAGAUCCCUUAAAUGGUGAUGCAGCAUCACUUAUGUUGAAGGAUAAGAAGCAAUAUGACCAAAAAGUGAAAGAGUACUGUGAGCGGCAUGCAAAGAAGGAAAACAUCAGAACUCAGAAAGAAGAUAGUGAUGAUGAGAUCAGCGAGGAGUACCUUAGUGGUCAAAGCGAUACUGAUGAUGAAGUUGUUGGACAUGCUGACCCAUGAUCAUUGAAUGGGCGGAGCUAGGGCACUGGGCCGCACUGGGCUGGUACAAAGAAUAUUUUUGAAUUUUUUUUACAUAGAAUUGUUUUCACUAAAAAUACAAGCAUUUUUAAAAUUUGGGCUGGGCCAGGGCCAGGGAUGGCCCUCCCCUAGCUCCGCCCAUGCUUAUAUGCAUUAUCCUCCCUCCUUUUCGUCUCUCCGUCCCUCCCUAAAAUUUAAUCCAACUUUAAAGGAAUAAAAAAAACAAAUACGAGGUAUACUACAUUACGAGUUAUGGAAUCAACAGGCUCGGUUUCUUGUUAAAAACCCAGAUGGUUAUAGUCAAGAACUAUUGCGUUAAGCAUGCCUAAAAGUAUCUCCAUACCCAAUAAAGAAUAUCACAGUUCACUCACAUAACUUUAUUUUCAUCCGAAGGAAAUCUAUGCACUGGCAGUUGAGCUAUUUGUCUUUAACAGAUGAUUUCCUCCAUAUGUGUUGUAUUGCCUCUUUUGAUCAUUGUUUGUUUUUACAUUUUGAUGUUUAAAAUAGUUUAGACAAUGACAUUAUGUUAAUACUACAUUUAAC